AGUGUCAGUUUGACAGCGAGCACAGGAAACCCUGUAGAGUGACAAGGCAGAAGGAGGAACCUCCCCAACCCAAAGGAGCUAAUCAGCUAGGAACACACAGAGUUGGUGCAAAAAGCUAGGGAUGUGGAAAGAGGAGUGAUGCUAGCUGGAAAGGAAUCAUCUGCAAGAUGCUCACUGUAGCAGUGGCUAGGCGUACAACUGUAUGGCUGUAGUGGUGGGAGAAUUGUGGGAACCAUGGAAGCAAAAUCUGCCUUUCAUUUUGUUAUGAAGAGUUGGGGUGCCUGCAUCUUGCUCACUACUGCAGUGGGCAUGGCAACAAUGGGGUCAUUCUCAGCAAAAGGGACUAUCCAAGACAACACUGUACAGCAACAUGUUAGCAAUUUGGUCAGCAGAACGACGGUUCCCAAGACUACAACUCAGUGGGCUGACCAAUAUUUCCCGGAGUCUAAAGAGGUCUGUACUGAGAUUACACUGCAGUGUCCUCCACACAGACAUGGACUAAUAGUAUGGAAUGCAAAAUUUAAAAAUGGAACACACUGCUUUAUGUCAUAUGCAACUGAGAGAAACAAUCUGCAAAGAAACUGCAGUAAUAAUAUGAAUUGGACAACGAGUCCUGAUCGGGACACUUCUCUUCAUAUAAAGCCACUGUACCUUUUCAAUGAGGGUGUCUAUAAGUGUACUAUUGCGAUUGAUAAUGGAACUUACAGCAAUGAAUAUACUCUAACCAUAUUAGUGCCUCCACAGGUGUCCUUAACACAUAAUGACAGCGGUGGAACUGCUGUAUGCAAGGCAGCUGCAGGAAAACCAGCUCCACAGAUUUCAUGGGACCCACAAGGAUAUUCUACUAUUAUGAAUGAAACAUUGCUUAAUGGCACAGAGACCUUCACCAGUACAUACAAUAUCACUAGUGCUAAGGGCAAUACAUUAACUUGCUUCGUCUUCCAUCAGGCUGGGAACAAGUCUCUAGUCUUAAAUCUCCCAUCAGGCAGUGCAGAAGCGAAACAUUUCACAGUGAAAAUUCUCUUGAGCAGCCUUGCUGGUUUCUUGGGAAUUCUUCUGCUUUUACUUUUUAUCUACCAUGGGAGGCACCUUUAUGCAAGACUCAGAAAAGUCAACAUAUCCAAAGGCCCUGAAACAAUUUCAAGACUCAGCAUCCAGGAAAAUGAACUGGAGCCUUAUGCCACUUUUGUGCAAAUGGAAAAUGUGAUCUACGACAGAGCAUGUGACUUCCCCUCAGGACUCUCACCUUCAACAUGAGAUGCUGCCUAAAAAACUUUGCCAGAAAGCGGCAGAGACAAACUCACAAUAGUGACAAAGGGCAAUUGUUAGCUUCUUAAAGGGAUCCUCCCAAGCAAUGUGGGUAAAAUUGGGGUUUCUGUAUACAUGUCAUAUGCCCGACAAUUUCGGUCAUUGUCCCACACAGUCAUCUGUGGAAAAAUCAGCGCCAAUUUAUCUGUGUGCUUUGUUUACAGUGACUGAGUGGAAGCAAAGCUUACCUGAGGGGUCUUUCCAGAUGCAGGUUUAUUCCAACAUGACUGCUGAUUCUUAUGAGCAAAUCUGCAGGGGGUUUAGACAGCCUUUUACACAUUGUGUAACUUCCUUCUGUGAUCUGCCUGCCAAUCAAUGAAACAUCAGGGUCUUUCAUGCCUACAUAUCCCCCCACCCACCCACCCAAAGUGAUAAUGGAACUGGAAGAAUUUGCACGAGGAGGAAAAGGUGUAGAUCAGCCUUGAACAACAUUUGGCCGACAGGCCAGAUCUGGCUCACAGUGACUUUUUUGCUGUCCUGUCUGGGCCGCAGUACAGGUGGCCUACCUCUGGUAAUAGCAUGCAGCCUUUUGAGAGGGGCAGGCAGAGACCUGUGCCUCCCUCCCUCAUUACUCUUGCAUGGUCAGGUGCUGGGCUUUCCCCCUCCCCCUUUGCAUCCAGCUCUUCAAGUCCCUCCCCUGGAGCUCUUGUGCAUUUCAUUGCCUUAGGCAGGGACACGACCUACUUGAAGAAUGAGGGGCUUCUUUUCAUGACUCUUGUCAAAGAGAACUAAGAAGAUAAGAGCUGUUUUACGCUUCCUCGGGGGCAUCAUUGGGAGGUGGCUCAUGCAGUUUGGGCCCCAAAUAAAUGACUCUGAGCCCCCAAACCAGCCACUUCCUUCUCAAAUUGGGACUGGGGGCUGGGCAGGUGCCUCUGCUGCUGCUGCUGCUCCAGCAGCAACAAUCACUUCUCAUCUCUGUCUCCUGCCUAAAAGGUGCUGUGCUGGGGACCAAACAGAUGUUUUAGCCCCCAAUACAGCACUUGUCUCCUCCAGUUUCCUUUUAGGGAGGAAUCAGAUGUAAAUAUUCUGGAGUGGGCAUGAUGGGCGUUUAGAGGGUCUAUGAUAUUCUGAGCACCCAGCAAUGCUCCUUUUUUACAUGUCAAUUCUCCAACACAUGUAGCACCUACGCUGAGGGGCUUAGCUUGGGGAAAGAGGGCCCAUGUUCGCCCUUAUCUGCAGAGGCCCGCCCAGAGUUUGGAAUAAAACUGGGAGAGGUGGAUCUGGAGGGCCCUCAAGAGCUGGGGGCCUGGGUGCUUUGAACCCAUUCACUCAAUUAUAGCUACACCUCUGCCUAUGCCUUAAUCUCCUCGAUGUCUAAUGGGCCUUCAGGUCUUCAGAGAAGCAAACAAUUCUCUCCACCAGGACGUUUUUAAGACAUGGCUCUAUGCCUGAGGUAUCUGAAGCUGCUUCACAGCUGAUUCGAGGCAUUUUAAUUUGAGGGAUUGGAUGGACCAUUCACAUAGCCACCAGCACCUCCUUUGCAUAGCCAUCAGCACCUCCAUCAACACUUUCGGAGAAAGCAGAAGUGAAGUUUUUUUCAAAAGCUGCUGGAAAUGGAGGAUUCUUUUCCCUUGGACAUAACUCAGGCUAAGUCAGAAUCCGCAGCCUCCCUUUGGAGAAAAACAAAGCCCUGUCUGUCCUGGUCCCUGAUAGCCCGCAGGGAGGUCGGGUUAAAUCCAGUGAAUAUGUGGACUGGCACACUCCAAUCAGGAGUGAGGGUUUUUGCGGGGGAGCAGGGCGGGGAAGCCCUGUCUGUAAAACCUCCAGGCGCAAAGGCAGGCAACAAGCAGGGAGGCCCUCGCAACCACCCACACCCCAGCCUUACCAAAACCUUGGCAAAAGCAGCAACAGAAACAGUGUGAGCAUCCUCACACCCAAGCCGGGGGUGAAGGGAGAAGGGAAGGAGAGAGCAGAAAACUAGAGUCACAAGGGACAGGUGCACCCUUCUGGCCUGAGGCCAGGUGGUGGAACUGCUGCUGGAAAGCUCCGGCAGUUCUCAAUACUAAGUAGGGACAGGGUGAAUCAACAUGUAGGAGGUGCCUGUGUUGGAGAAUCAACAGAGGCAUGGAGAAGACUCACACAGCUCAUAUUCUCCCAGUCCUCUUUUACAAGAGCCAGCAAUAGAAGCCCCUUCUUCCCCAAGUAUGUAGAGCUUACGCACAAGGCAAUUAAGUGUAUAAUAGCUCCAGCAGAGGGAUUUGAAGUCUGGAUGUGUUGGGUGUCAACCUGUGGCAAAUUUACAUAUUUUUAACAACUGCUUUAAUGUAUACUACUUUUGAAUAAUUGAUUUUAAUAUAAUAAUGUGCUUAAAAAUUGACCUCGGCCCCCACACACCAUGAGGUUCUGGCUUACCAGGGCAUUUGAACUGUGCAUUUCUGGUGUAGAUGGACCAUAUUGAAACCAACAGAGAAGUGGUUACCUGUGCAGGUGGUGAUGUAUCGGAGGACUGGCACCCAAGGGCACACUCCUGCAUGCCCCCUCACUUCCACACCUGAGUGCUCUUUCUUACAGUUCUCACCUUGUGCAGACCUUUAAAAAAAAAAAGCCAGUUGACUGCUAUCAACUGAUCUUGUGGCCCCUUUUAACUUUUUUAUUUUUCCUGAUCUUUUUUCACAUUUGUGCUCUUCUCUAGCCUUUUUGCAAAGAAGAUUUCUUCCCUUUCCCGCCUCAGCCUCCUCUAUCUCUCUUUCUGUGUCCUUCCAAAUGAUUGUUGCUAUUAGUGCAGCUCUGGAUUCAGUGAUGCAAUUAGGAGAACUCUCUCUAAUCAGGAGGACAUCAAAAGGGCAUUGGAAACAAUGUUUCCCUCUCACUUCUCUGAGAUCACAGAGACGAAAGGGAUUUAAAUAGCCAACAGUAAAGCCUCAAAACUUUAAAUGGUGUGUGUGCAAAAGAAACCCCACACCUAUGCCCCUGACAUAUGGAUGAUAUAAUGUUCUCACAAAGGGUCUAUCAUACUCCUGAUUUCCACCCUAUUGGGAUAAGAAAUAAACCAGCGAUAAUGGUUUCCCAUUAUAGUCUGUAGGGCUGAUGUUAUGACCCUAAACAGGGUAGGAAGAGAACCCGGCCAGAGCAGGAGAUCAGCAGUCAUGUGUUUGCAAAAAUCAAGGUAGGAGGAGGGGAGAGUGAUUGUUUGGGAACUGGGAACUGGGUAGGACAGCUUUUUGUCCACCCUCAACAAAAUCCUGGGGACAGAAUAUGAGUUGGCCACAUUUGUUCCAUCACUCUCCACGCCUUCCACUUUGAUCCUUGUGAACACAUGAUUGCUAAUUGGGAGCACACACAGCUCUUCUACCCUGACUGAGUGUUCCUCCCACCCUUAUUUUGAUCAUGAAUGAAUCCCCUGGCUGUUAUAGUCUAUCUUAAAUAAGAGUAUUUGCCACCUAAUGGCACAGUGGGGAAAUGACUUGCCUAGUAGGCAUGAGGUUGCCGGUUUGAAUCCCUGCUGGUAUGUUUCCCAGACUAUGGGAAACACCUAUAUUGGGCAGCAGCGAUAUAGGAAGAUGCUGAAAGGCAUCACCUCAUACUGUGCAGGAGGAGGCAAUGGUAAACUCCUCCUGUUUUCUAUCAAAGACAGCCACAGGGCUCUGUGGUCGCCAGGAGUCGAUACUGACUCGACGACGGCACACUUUACCUAUUUACACUGUAUCACUUAUUCUCUCCCCCACCAACAACUGAAAGAGUGCAAGAGCAGCAAAUAAAUAAAUAAGUUGGAAAUCAUGGUCGGAACAGAAGAAUAGAUGCAUGUUUACUCAGAAGUAAGUUCCACUAAGUUAAGUGGAACUUACUCAUAGUAGAAUGUUCAUAGGACUGCAGCCAACUCAUUUUGGAUUAUUGGGCGGGAUGAAAGGGAAACAUUUCGCUAUAAUUUCAGGAAAUGAUUCAUUAAGUGGGAUUUUUAGUAAGUGAUUUAUUAAUAAAAAAGAGAUGCUGAAAACCACAUCCAGAGACUGUUUCCUUGAUUUCAAGUUCUGUAGGAGUAUCUAUAAGAGUGUGUGAGGAGGGCAAGAAAUGCUGCAGAAGUUUGGUAAGUCAGAAGUACACAACAAUGCAAUGUCAUGUUUAGGCUCUGUGUGUGGCCGCCCCUUGUGCUAACUUGCUGCAUUGCAGCAGGAUUUUAAGCCUUUAGGCCCUGGACAAGCCCUGCCCCUUGAGACCAAUCAUUGGCGCUCUCUGUAGCAGGAAAAGUAUAAGAAAUUUCCUGUCUGAGACAGGCCUUGACUCUGUAUCAAGGUCACUUUGUUCCUGGUGCACUUGUUUUAGAGUACUUUUGGUCUAUCUGCUUGCAUGACCCCUGGCGUGUUCUCAACUUCUGGCAACUGGAGCAACGCUUGAUUCCUGGCCAUCUGCUUGGCUUGACCCUUGGUGUAUUCUCAGCCUCCAGCUCCUGGUUCAACCCCCAGAUCCUGACUGUCUGCUUGACUCAACCUAUGGUGUGUUCUUGGCCUCUGGCUACCAGUUCAAUUCUUGAUUCCUGAGUGUCUACCCAGUUUGACUUCUGGUGUGUUCCUGACCUCUGGCCACCAGCUUGAUCCCUGAACCCCUACUGGGCUGUCCUAGUCCAAGUUCUGAGCCCUACUCACCUAGCCACCAAUAACCAUGACUCAGCCCUGACAUGCAAGCCCAUGGAUGGUUGUGUGGAAAAGCCCUCCAUCAAGAAUCCCUCUAGGUAUCUUUUUACUGUAUUUCUCCCAGUGUCAAAAGAGACAGAGCUGAGCACCAGGCUCUGCAAGAUCCUUCCACAAACUGUGCCAGGUGUUAAAAUAAUAUUCUGAUUUUUAGUGACCAACAUGAUGUACAGUCUUCCAUCAGUGUUUCCAAUACACUGGGGCCACUGUGAUCAAAAAAAGGCAGCCCUGGGGGUCUUGUGCAAGAGCACUCUUACACAGUUCCUUAAAAUAAGUGCUGCUGCAGUACGCAAAAUGGUCAUUCAUAAUGAGCUUAUAAUUGUCAAGAGCCACUAGGUGGCAUUUCAGCUUCAUGGUCAGUCAUGCACCGGGAGAAAAAAUAAUUUUUCUUCUGGCUUUCCCUGACAAGUCUGGAAUCCGUUCUCAGAUUUUUCAAAUUCCUAGGGAACUGUUAUGAAGACAUCUUGAUCUCUAUAGACUAUGUAGAAUAUAUGUGUAGAUACUUACGAUGCCUUAUUUAGAACAAUUCAAAGUGAUCAUGAUACUUGUCCCCCAGAACCACCAUUGCCUCUUAUGCCAUUCUAUACUGGGUACCAAAGGUAACUAGUAAUCUUUCUCCCAGGGCCAUUUAGCCUUGACAACCAUUGUUAGACUUUCAUGUUGCCUUGAUAAGUGAUCAAGAAUGUGGUACUGUGCUGAAAACUACCCUGUGAUCUGGAGUACUUCAUGUUGCCUGAUUCUUUAAUAAUCUGUUUUUAUUGUAUUUAUUCCAUUUGUUUUUGUUUGGUCUGAUGACUAAAUGCAAAUAAAAUCUAUACAUAACCAUA